GCCCUCUCUGCUUUGAUAAUGAUUGGUGUCAGUGCAGACUUUUUUAUUUUACCGUACAAAGCAGCAAAGAGGAUCUCAACCGGCCUGGUGAUCAGCUGGACCAGAGUUGCUCUUUGUAGUUACUAAUGUAACAACAUAAACUGAGCUGAGAAGAGUAUGUUCUUUCUUGCAAUAUACUUCUAAAAACCCAUGAUGGGAGACCUACAGCCAGGAUAACAGCAGCCUCAUGCUCCGACACCAUGCAGUUGGUUUCUGGUUGAACUGGUCUGAUUUUACCAGCAGAGAGACGCUAUGGCGACUGCAGCAACAGUGACAGAUGAUCUGCAGCCACUGAAGCGCAGCAGUAGCUAUAGCUUGCUGCCUCCCUCCAUGUCUGAGCUGAGGGCUGUUCUGCUGGGGAACAGUGGGUCUGAGAGAAGCUCCGUGGGGAACUUCAUACUGGGAAAGACCGAGUUCAACACUGAGGAAGAGUCUGACAUCUGUCUGAUAGCUGGUCGACAACUGAAGGAGACACACAUACUUCUCACCAACACCCCAGAUCUGCUGCAUCCCAACAUCUCAGAAGACAAACUGAAAAGACAUGUAGAGCACUGUAUGAAACUCUGUGAUCCUGGACCUCAUGUGUUCCUGCUGGUUUUACAGCCUGAAGACUUCACUGAGGAACUCAAACUGAGACUCUGCAGAAUCCUGAACCUCUUUGGUCAUCGAUCAUUUGAUCAUUCACUGGUGCUGAUGUCACCACACAGAGAGGAGAGCUCAGGGUCAAAGGCAAAUAAUGUGCCAGAGCAGCCCUUAAAAGACAUGAAGAGAAUGUGCAGAUACAGAUACUUGAACCAGGAGAACCUUGAACUUCCUGAGCUGUUAACACGCUUGGGUCAAAUUGUUAAAGAGAACAAUGGCGAGCAUGUCAACAGUGAUGUAUUGAAGGGUGAGGAUACAGGUUUAAUCAUGUCACACAUUAAACCAGCCUUAAAGCUGGUUCUGUGUGGGAGGGAAGGAGCUUGGAAGACUUCAGCAGUCAGGGCCAUUUUAGGUCAGACAGACCGUCCAUCAGUCUCCAAUUCAUCAGAGUGUGUAAAACAUCAGGGAGAGGUGUGUGGACGUCAGGUUUCCCUGGUGGAGCUGCCUGCCUUGUAUGAAAAACCUACAGAAGUAGUGAUGGCAGAAUCUUUCAAGAGCAUCUCCCUCUGUGAUCCUGAGGGAGUCCAUGCCUUCAUCCUGGUUCUUCCUCUGGAUUCCUUCAUUUAUGAAGACAAGGGAGAGUUUGAGACAAUCAGGAACACAUUCAGCUCCCAAGUUAAUGACUUCACCAUGAUCCUGUUCACUGUGGAAUCAGAUCUUAAGUCUCCAGAUGUUGUUCUUAAAGGAAACAAGGACAUCCAGGAGCUCUGUCAGAGCUGUGGAGGACGAUAUACUGUUCUCAACAUCAAGGAAAAGCAACAGAUCCCAGAGCUGUUUGAUGAUGUGAAAAAGAUGAGAUCUCUUAAGUCCAGGCACUUCACAAAGGACAUGUUCACCACAGCUCAGAUAGAGAAGGUUGUAGAGAAGGAGAAAACUAAUGGACGACUUCAAGCAGAACUACAGGAUGUGAAGAAGAAGGUGAUCGAAGGUGUGAAUGAUGGAAAUCAGAGCAGAGAGUGUCUCAGGAUGGUGCUGAUUGGGAAGACUGGCAGUGGGAAGAGUUCAACAGCAAACACCAUUUUGGGCUAUAAACGUUUUACGCCCAGAAUCGCCCCAAAGCCAGCAAACAAGUGUUGUGAGAAAGCAACAGGAGAGAUUGACGGAUGGCCUGUCGUUGUGAUCAACACCCCGGGCUUGUAUGAUACAACUCUGUCUGAUGAGGAAAUUCAACAAGAGCUUCAUAGAUGCAUCAGCAUUUUGUCUCCUGGACCUCAUGCUUUCUUAGUGGUGCUGCAGAUGGGAAGCAUCACACAAGAGGAGAAAAACUCUGUGGAGCUGAUAAAAACAGUUUUUGGCAAAAGGUCGGAAGAUUUCAUCAUCGUUAUAUUCACCAGAGGAGACGACCUGGAUCAGUCAUUUGAGAGUUAUGUGGAGGCUUCAGGAGAUUAUGUCAAGCAACUCAUCAGUGACUGUGGAGGAAGGUACCAGGUCUUCAAUAACAAAGCUGGCACAGAUCGCACACAAGUCAGAGAGCUGUUAACCAAGAUCGAGACCAUGAUGACGAGAAAUGGUGGUAACUGCUACAACACUGACAUGCUGGUAUGGGAAGCAAAACAAGAAACUAAAAAACAGAUUCAAGACAUGCAAAACAGGCAGAAAUAUAUUUUUUGCUCCAUCCUAUGAUUACGAGGAACAAAGAACUACAAGUCCAACUUGUAGAGUAUCAAUUUGAAUGUUUGUGUUUGCUGAUAUUGUUUUUCUACUCGCACUGUAUUGUUUGCUGGGUCUUCAUGUUUAAAUGAACUGCCAUAUAAAUAUAAAAGACAUGUGUCCACCAUUGCGGUAAAGACAACAAUAGCAGGUACUGGACUUUACAAAUUAAUGGAUUCACUUGGAAAAGCCAUUGUGAAUGGAAAUUGCAAUUGCAGAUAACUGCAUCAAUCUGUGUCACUGUGAGAGAAUGGAUUGUGAUCAGAGGAAAGAAUAUAAUUUAGCUUGAGGACACAUCCAAACAGAGUGUCUCUCCAAACAGGAAACCUACCAGCAAAGAUAGAUUUCUGACUGGCCUGACUGUAAGUCUAAGCAAUAAGCUACAACCUUCAGAAAGAGCACUGAGCUGAAACAAAACCUCUAUCACCAUCACAAAAUUGUAUGAGCUUCAUGAAACCAAACAUGUUGCUAACUGUCCUCUUGCAGUUAGUUGUAACUGUUCCUGUUAUUGUGUUCCCCCUCCGUAAUCACAAAUAUCAUAUUUUUGCAGUUUUGCUUAUUUUUUAAACUAUCUUAAUGAUUUACAGAUAUUUUCAUGUUCAUGUAAUGAAAUGUAUUGUGCCUGCCCAUGUGAACACUGAAAUCUUGAAGCAACAUUGUGUAGAAAUUGGCAUUUUGUGCGAUUUGGUGCCGCCCACAGUUUCUGAGUGCGACAAUGUCAUGUCUUUGAAACUUGCACCUCCAAGUAAACGUGUAUGUAUGUAAGUUUAGACUCUGGUUGGUUGGUGAUGGUUUUAAGAUGAGUAUCAUCCCUGUUUGAGUACUUAAUAUCAUUUUUGUGAGGAAGCAAUCUUAUGAAACCUUAGAUGAAAUAUUCUAAAUGAUCAUUUGAUUAUAAAAAAAAACAUAUAACAGUAUAUUUUUUAUAUAUAACAGCCAAAUCAACAUAUCAUAGUAAAAAUAAAAAAUGCAUGUAUUAAGUAAUGAAUAACAGUGAGGGCUCUUACUACCACUCAAAUAUAUAAACGUGUAUCUGUACUUUUUGUGUCUUGUGGAAAUUAUCUUUUUUCUUUUACCAUUUUUAUCGGAGAAUGUUGUUAUAUUAAUCCAUUUGCCUGAUUAUAUAAAGAAAACCUAAUGGUAAUUAAACACAGCGUGAAUCUGAUGUUUUUUUUAUGUAAUUUGUUAGUAAAAAGAUGAUGUCAAUUAUA